AUGGCCAACCUUUACUUCACCCACUCGAGCGCUCCGCUCAAGACGGUGGAGGAGAUUCAGUUCGGUUUGAUGUCCCCCGAGGAGAUCAAGAACAUGAGUGUCUGCCACAUUGUCUACCCUGAAACGAUGGAAGAGAACAAGACGAAGCCUCGUGAUGGUGGUCUCAAUGACCCGCUUCUCGGAUCGAUCGACAGACAAUUCCGUUGCAAGACCUGCACACAAGCUAUGGGCGAGUGUCCUGGUCACUUCGGUCACAUCGAACUAGCGAAACCUGUCUACCACCCUGGAUUUAUCAAGAAGGUCAAAAAGAUCUUGGAGAUUGUUUGCCACAACUGUAGCAAAGUGCUAGCCGAUACUGUUGGUCUCACUACUAGAGAUCCCGAGUUCGUUGCAGCCAUCAACACUCGAGAUCCUAAAGUCCGUUUUAACCGAGUUUGGGAAGUGUGCAAAAAGAAGAAGCGAUGUGAAAACGACGAGCCGAAACAAAAGGACGACGAAUUUGGCGGUGCAGUGAAGACUGGCCCCUUGGAAGGCCACGGAGGCUGCGGUAACGUUCAACCUAAUGUCCGACAAGCUGCUUUGCAACUCAAGGCGGCUUUCGAAGUUACAGUCGAAGACGACGGCCAGAAGUCGAAGAAGAAGGAGACAACACCCAUCACCCCCGAGACAGCUCACAGUAUCUUGAGGAGAAUCACUGAGGAGGAUCUCGUCAACAUGGGUCUUAACUCUGACUACGCUCGUCCUGAAUGGAUGGUUCUCACCGUACUUCCCGUACCACCUCCCCCUGUCCGCCCCAGUAUUUCCAUGGACGGCACGGGUACUGGCAUGCGAAACGAAGAUGAUUUGACCUACAAGCUUGGUGAUAUCAUUCGCGCCAACGGAAACGUGAAGCAGGCUAUUCGUGAGGGAUCACCUCAGCACAUCGCCCGAGAUUUUGAGGAGCUACUACAAUACCACGUUGCCACUUACAUGGAUAACGAUAUUGCUGGUCAACCUCGUGCUCUGCAAAAGAGUGGACGUCCUGUGAAGGCCAUUCGAGCCCGUCUAAAGGGUAAGGAAGGUCGUCUCCGAGGUAACUUGAUGGGUAAGCGUGUCGAUUUCUCUGCACGUACCGUCAUUACAGGUGAUGCCAACCUGUCGCUCCACGAAGUCGGUGUGCCUCGCAGUAUCGCCAGGACUCUCACAUAUCCCGAAACCGUCACUCCUUACAACAUCAGCAAGCUGCAUCAGCUUGUUGAGAACGGACCUAAUGAGCACCCUGGUGCCAAGUACGUCAUCCGGGCCGAUGGCCAGCGAAUCGACUUGAGACAUCACCGACGUGCUGGUGCCAUCUCUCUCGAGUAUGGAUGGAAGGUUGAGCGUCAUUUGAUGACUGGUGAUUACAUCAUCUUCAACCGUCAACCGUCGCUGCAUAAGGAGUCUAUGAUGGGUCAUCGUGUUCGUGUUAUGCCUUACUCCACUUUCCGUCUUAACCUGUCCGUCACUUCUCCUUACAACGCCGAUUUCGAUGGUGACGAGAUGAACCUUCACGUACCUCAGAGUGAAGAGACACGCGCUGAGGUUAAGGAGCUUUGUCUAGUCCCUCUUAACAUUGUGUCGCCCCAGAAGAACGGUCCCCUGAUGGGUAUCGUCCAGGACUCUCUUGCUGGAGCGUACAAGCUUUGUCGUCGAGAUGUUUUCCUCACCAAGGAGCAAAUUAUGAACUGUAUGCUUUGGGUCCCUAACUGGGAUGGUGUUAUCCCUCAGCCUGCUAUCUAUAAGCCUCGUCCUCGCUGGACUGGUAAACAGCUCAUCAGCAUGGUUAUCCCUAAGGAGGUUAGCCUGUUUAACGGUACCGACUCCAAGGAAAGCGCCCCUCUUAAGGACGAGGGCCUCUUGAUCCAGGCCGGUCAACUUAUGUAUGGUCUUCUUACCAAGAAGAGUGUUGGUGCUGCUGCAGGUGGUAUUGUGCAUAUCAGCUACAAUGAGUUGGGACCCGAGGGUGCUAUGGCUUUCUUGAACGGUGUUCAGCAGGUUGUCACUUAUUGGCUUCUGAACAACGGUCACAGUAUCGGAAUCGGUGACACGAUUCCCGAUGCCGCGACCAUCGCCAAGGUUCAAGUGCAUAUCGACGAGGAGAAGGCUGAAGUCGCUCGCUUGACAGCGAUGGCUACUGCCAACGAGCUUGAGGCUUUGCCUGGUAUGAACGUCCGAGCGACAUUCGAGAACAAGGUUUCCAUGGCUCUGAACCAGGCCCGUGACAAGGCUGGUACCACAACACAAAAGAGUUUGAAGGAUUCAAACAACGCUGUUACCAUGGCUUCUUCAGGUUCCAAGGGUUCUUCUAUCAAUAUUUCACAGAUGACUGCGCUUGUCGGUCAGCAGAUUGUCGAAGGAAAGCGUAUUCCUUUCGGUUUCAAGUACCGUACUCUGCCUCAUUUCACCAAGGACGAUUACUCACCUGAAGCUCGUGGUUUCGUCGAGAACUCUUAUCUCCGUGGUCUUACUCCCAGCGAGUUCUUCUUCCACGCCAUGGCUGGUCGUGAAGGUCUUAUCGAUACUGCGGUCAAGACUGCCGAAACAGGUUACAUCCAGCGACGAUUGGUCAAGGCUCUGGAAGAUCUUUCAGCGCGCUACGAUGGUACUGUUCGUAACUCUCUGGGUGAUAUUGUUCAGUUCCUCUACGGUGAAGACGGUCUUGAUGCUAUGAUCAUUGAGAAGCAGAAACUGGGAAUUCUUAACAUGUCGGACAGCUCUUUUGAGAAGAAGUACCGCCUUGAUCUUGCCAACCCACCUGAUUGGUUCAAGCAUGACUACGAGUUCGGUAACGAGUUGACUGGUGAUAGGCCUUCCAUGGCUCUUCUUGACACGGAAUGGGACCAACUGCUCUAUGAUCGCAAACGGAUCCGAAAGAUCAACUACGCGAAGGGUACCGAUGAAAUGAUGCAGUUGCCUCUCAACAUCACUCGUAUCAUCGAGUCAGCGAAGCGAGUCUUCAAUGUCAAGGCCAACGACAGAAGUAACUUGCGACCCGCUGAUGUCAUCCCGGCGGUGCAAAACAUGCUGGAGAACAUGAAGAUUGUCCGCGGAACAGAUGAGAUCUCAGUGGAGGCCGACCAGAACGCCUCCAUUCUCUUCAAGGCCCUGUUGCGUUCUCGCUUGGCUUUCAAGGAAGUUGUCAAGGAGCACCGACUGAACAAGCUGGCUUUCGACCAUAUUCUUGGUGAACUCCAAAACCGAUGGGAUCGUGCUUUCGUCAACCCUGGUGAAAUGGUUGGUGUCUUGGCUGCCCAGUCCAUUGGUGAGCCCGCUACUCAGAUGACACUGAACACUUUCCAUUUCGCUGGUGUGUCUUCCAAGAACGUUACUCUGGGUGUGCCCCGUCUCAAGGAAAUUCUCAACUUGGCCAAGAACAUCAAGACUCCUAGUAUGGCUGUGUACCUCAACACACCGCUUGCUAAGCAGGAGCAAGCCAAGAAGCUGCGAAGUAUGGUCGAAUACACCAACCUCCGCUCUGUCACUUCAGUUACUGAGAUCUACUAUGAUCCCAACAUCACGGAAACAAACAUUGCCGAAGAUGUGGACAUGGUUGAGUCUUACUACAUGAUUCCUGACGAAAGCGUGGACCCCACCGCCAACCAAUCGCGAUGGCUUCUCCGUAUCACUCUGGAUCGACAGAAGCUCCUCGACAAGGAGAUCAAGAUUGACGAUGUUGCUCAGCGCAUCAAGGAGGAAUACACUGCUGAUCUGGCGGUUAUCUUCAGUGAUAACAACGCCGAUGAGCAAGUCAUUCGUAUUCGAACCGUCCAGACCGGUGACAAGGACGAUGAUGGUGACGGUGGCCGUAUGGAAGACGAUGUCAUGCUCAAGCGCUUGGAAGCCCAUCUUCUGGACACACUUACUCUCCGUGGUGUUCCUGGUAUUGAGCGUGCUUUCUUGACUAAGGGUACCAGACUUACCGAAGACACCGACGGAACGCAGCUUGCCAUCAAGGACGACCCUCGCUGCACACAAUGGUACCUUGAUACCAGUGGUACCGCUCUGCGCGAAGUGUUGGCUGUUGACGGCGUUGACGCGACUCGAACAUACACCAACGAUCUAUACCAGAUUGUUGAGGUGUUCGGUAUCGAAGCUGCUCGUUCCGCUCUGGCCAAGGAGUUGACCAACGUGUUGGCCUUUGAUGGUUCUUACGUCAACCAUAGACAUAUUGCCCUCCUUGUCGAUGUCAUGACAUACAGAGGUAUCAUUUCCGCCGUCACACGUCACGGUAUCAACCGUGCUGAUACUGGUGCUCUGAUGCGUUGUUCGUUCGAGGAAACCGUGGAGAUUUUGCUUGAAGCUGCGGCGACUGGUGAAUUGGAUGAUUGCCGUGGUAUCUCCGAAAACGUCAUGCUUGGCCAGAUGGCGCCUAUGGGCACAGGCAACUUUGACGUUCUCCUGGAUCCCAAGAUGCUGGAGACUGUCAUCUCUGACAACUCUCGCAUGGGCUUGAUGGCAGGCAUGCCUACAAAGAGCGGAGAUGUUGAAGGAGCCGCUACUCCUUACGACACUGGAUCUCCCAUGGCUGAUUCAGGUUACCUUAGUAUGAGCUCUCCUGCAGCAGGAAACUUCUCUCCUAUCCAGGGUGCUGGAUCAGACACGCCUGCUGGCUUCGAUACCGUAUAUGGUGGUGGUAGCGUUGGCUUCGGUGGAUCUGCUCCAAUGAGCCCCUACAACCGUGGAGCGGCCAGCCCUUUCAGCAGCACUUCUCCCACGUCGCCAUUCAGUUACUCACCGACAUCACCCAACAUGGGAUACUCGCCCACUUCACCUCUCAUCGAUGGUGGUGGCAUGAGCCGAUAUGGACCGACGUCGCCUUCCUUCAGCCCGUCGUCACCAUCAUUCUCGCCCACGUCGCCCAUGUUGCGGCCUACAAGCCCAGCCAGUCCCAGCUACAGCCCAACAUCGCCAAGCUACUCUCCCACUUCGCCGUCGUCUCCUCGACACUACUCGCCCACAUCACCGGCGCAGUUCAACUCUCCCACCUCUCCCAGCUACUCCCCGGCAAGCCCCAACUACAGCCCGACGUCGCCCAACGUGCAUGGAGGUGGUCCAACCUCGCCAUCCUACUCCCCAGCAUCCCCCUCCUGGUCUCCAACAUCUCCUGAGGCUUACUCCCCAACAAGCCCAACCUUCCAAAGGAGUCCCACGGUGCAGCAGUCGCCUACCAGCCCAAGCUACUCGCCUACAUCGCCUGCUUUCUCUCCUCGCACGCCGGGUCCGGGGAACUCUGGAAACCAAUAUUCUCCCAACUCGCCCUCAAACGAUUAA